AUGGAGGCCAUGCUCCAGCAGUCCCGCGCUAUGUGCCCUUUUCUCAAGCGCACCUCACCCACGACUCUGCGCACUCUAUCAACGGCAACUCGUCCUAGCACCGGCGGUGGUACUAUGUCCAAUCUCCAGGUCCUUGCCCGCCGCUGCCCGGUCAUGAGCAAGGCUCUUGCCGUGCAGAGUGCCCGCAUGAGCGGUACCAAGCGCUUCACCUCUUGUGCCGCUGGCGUUGCAGGUAUUAAGCCUUUCCGCCCCGCUCCCGGCAAGCGGAUGUUGCACACGACCGGGGGUCAUCCCGCCAGUGUUGCUCCCGGGACCUAUGAGAAGAACGAGCAAGUCCACCCCAACAUGGCUUCUCCGCUCCGCUCUUCUUCCACCACCGAAGCCGCUCUCCACGGUCCUCGCCCCGACGCCCCGAUCAACUCCCGGUUCAACUACAAUGCGUUCUAUGACGGCGAAUUAGAGAAGAAGCACAAGGACAAGUCUUACCGUUACUUCAACAACAUCAACCGACUGGCUAAGGAGUUCCCUCGAGCUCACACGGGUUCCGCCGAAGAGCGUGUGACCGUCUGGUGUUCCAAUGACUAUCUCGGCAUGGGUCGUAACCCGCAGGUCUUGGAGACUAUGCACCGCACUUUGGAUACUUAUGGUGCAGGUGCGGGCGGUACCCGCAACAUUUCUGGUCACAACAAGCACGCCGUCGCUUUGGAGGACACCCUGGCUAAGCUGCACGGCAAGGAAGGUGCAUUGGUCUUCAGCUCGUGCUUCGUUGCCAAUGAUGCCACAUUGGCUACUCUUGGUAGCAAGCUCCCGGACUGUGUGAUCCUAUCCGACAGUCUCAAUCAUGCCUCUAUGAUCCAGGGUAUUCGCCACUCUGGGGCGAAGAAGAUGGUCUUCAAGCAUAAUGACCUUCAGGACCUAGAAGCCAAACUUGCUUCUCUGCCCCUCCAUGUUCCCAAGAUUAUCGCAUUCGAAUCUGUGUACAGCAUGUGUGGAUCUAUUGCGCCCAUUGAGGCGAUCUGUGAUCUCGCUGAUAAGUACGGUGCUAUUACCUUUUUGGACGAAGUUCAUGCCGUCGGCAUGUACGGUCCCCAUGGAGCUGGUGUCGCCGAGCACCUCGACUAUGAUGUCUAUGCUUCGCAAGACACAUCUGCUCCUCAAAGCACCAAGGGCACCGUCAUGGACCGCGUGGAUAUCAUUACUGGUACUCUGGGCAAAGCCUAUGGCUGCGUUGGUGGAUACAUCGCUGCAUCCGCAAACAUGGUAGACACCAUCCGCUCUUUAGCCCCUGGUUUUAUUUUUACUACAUCUCUACCUCCUGCCACAAUGGCAGGUGCUGAUGCUGCUAUCCAGUACCAAUCUCAGCAGCCGCGCGACAGAGUUCUUCAGCAGCUGCACACGCGUGCAGUCAAGUCUGCCCUGAAGGAACUUGACAUCCCCGUCAUUCCAAAUCCUUCGCAUAUCGUCCCUCUCCUCGUGGGCGAUGCCGAGCUCGCAAAGCGGGCCUCCGAUAAACUCCUUGAGGAGCACGGUAUCUAUGUCCAGGCUAUCAACUAUCCCACCGUCCCUCGUGGAGAGGAGCGCCUGCGUAUUACUCCAACCCCUGGUCAUACCAAGCCUUUGCGCGACCAUUUGGUCCAGGCAGUGCAGGCUGUCUGGAAUGAUUUGGGUAUCAAGCGCGCCAGCGACUGGCAGAGCCUUGGUGGCUUUGUUGGUGUUGGUGUUGAAGGCGCUGAGGAUGCUAAUAAGCCCAUCUGGGAACAUUCUCAGCUUGGAGUGGAUGACACUGAACCCCUCGAGACGAUUAUCGCUCGCGAGCUCGGCGCUGAGGCCGUUGAAAAAGCGACUGUCCCCCCGAUGAAGACCUCUACUCCUCUGGGCGCCAGUGCACAUUCCGCGAUUGGUUCCGCACCUGUGGGUGUGGCCGCCUAA